GUGAACGAGUGGUCUGUCUGUCGACUGGUUUCGUGCGAUUCAAUGCAAUCAAUGACUCAAUGAUUGGAUUCGCGUUGAGUUGGACUCAAUCGAUGCACAACUCAUGUAAUGUCUGUCUCUUUGAUUGCAUUAAGACUUGAAUUACACUCCGAUUACGGCAUCAGUACUGACAUCACAUUCAAAGCCUCGAAAUUCACGAAUAAGUCGAUGACUGAAACGAAUGUGAGUUCUUCGGCAAAAGUGGUGAACGCUGUGGAAGAAGCCACUCAUGAGUCGACUGAAGAGCAGUCAUCGGUAACCCAAACGCAAACUCAGAGCCAAAAGCCUAAACACCGCGGAUGUCGUGAAUUACAUGACAUCACAAUCGAGUCCUACAUGAAUACGACAAAUGAGUCGAAAAUGAUGUCCAGACAGACGUCCGUAAAGUCGACCUCAAGUAAAGAGUCGACACCAGAGCUGUCGACCGAUGGCCAGAGUGUGGGCGCCAUCGGGUCGACGGCCACCGCAAUCGCCGACCGCAAGGCUAUCGGAUCGAUGGCAUCACUGAAUCAGAUCCAGUUCUAUAGCGGCAACCAUUUGGUGGAAGUGACGAAAGGUGUCCUCCAUUUGUAUAAAGAGAACAAAUUGACGCCUUUUGGCGAAGAGUCCGAAAGGAGUGAAAUGGUGUGCAUUCUGUCGGUUCCCGCGGCGAUGACUAUACACGACGUCUUGCAGUUCACGGCAGCCGUCAAUCAGGACAUCAAACACAUCCGUAUAAUCCGCGACAAUAAACCGAAUCAAUACAUGGUUUUAAUCAAAUUCUCGAACCAAAGAAGUGCCGACGAGUUCUACAAAGCCUUCAACGGAAUCCCAUUCAACUCCAUUGAACCCGAUGUCUGUCAUCUGGUGUUUGUGGCCAACAUCGAGACCAUCAAAGAGUCUGAAGAAUCUUCAUUGCCGUUGAGUGGGUUCACAGAACUGCCCACUUGUCCCGUAUGUCUCGAACGGAUGGAUGAGUCGGUUGAGGGGAUUCUCACCAUUUUAUGCAACCAUUCCUUUCACGGCGGAUGUCUAGACAAGUGGGGAGACAGCAGUUGUCCCGUUUGUCGCUACUGUCAGACGCCUGAACUGAUUCCCGACAACCGGUGCUUUGAGUGCGGGUCACAGGCCUCACAACAGGACACGCUUUGGAUUUGUUUGAUUUGUGGUCACAUCGGGUGCGGGCGUUAUAAUGAGGGCCACGCAUACAAACACUACUCGGAGACACAGCACACGUAUGCCAUGCAAUUGGGCUCUAAUAACAGGGUUUGGGACUAUGCGGGCGACAACUAUGUGCACCGUUUGCUCCAAAAUAAAGACGGAAAACCCGUGGAAGUGGAGUGCAAUCAGGCCAACAGUGACGAGAAGAUCGAUUCCGUGCAACUCGAGUACACUUACCUCUUAACCAAUCAAUUGGAAGCGCAAAGACAUUACUUCGAGGAGGCGUUGGCUCGCAUCGAGUCUGACGCUCACCACCAGAUCGAUGAAGUGAUCGACAAAAACAAGAUUAUAGUCGAAGAACGCGACGAAUUGAAGACCAAUUUAGCGGUCAUUACGAAAGAGAAGCAAAGUUUGGACAGAAAAGUGAAUACUUUGUCCACAAAAUUGAAUAAAAUUCAGAGCGAACUCAAAGAGGAGAGAGAAUUGAAUGCAUGUCUGCGAGAGAACCAAAUGGGAUGGCAGUCAAAGAUCACUGAAACUGAAGUUCAACUCAAAGAACUGAAAACAGUUAAAGACAAAGAAGUGACUGAAUUACAAGAACAGGUCCGCGAUUUGAUGUUCUUUUUGGAGACUCAGGAGAAGUUGAAGUCAGUGUCAGAUGAGGCCAGGGAUGAGAUCGCGAGCGGACAUAUCGUUGUGCAGCAAAACGAGAGCGCCGGCACUUCUUCGCGGCCUAAAUCUAAAGUCAAAAAGCGUUGAUUUAUAUUGUAUUCAAAAUUAUGUUGAUUUGAGUC